AAUCAGAGAUAUUAAAAAAAAUUAUAAGUUCCAAAACUUUCUGUACAAUGUAUAUAACUAACAUGGAUAUGAAAUUAACCUGGAUAUGCUAUAUUUGGAUAAUGAUAGCUACAGUGCCAUGCUUUAUAGGAGCAUUUCAAUGUAACAAUGUUGAAAUUGUCAGCAGGGCAGAAUGGAAUGCCUCAGAACCAAAAGGUACGACCAACUUUACUGGGAACAAACCAUAUGCAACAAUACAUCAUACAGCCAUGGCUCGUUGUUUCGAUCUAGCUGCUUGUAAACGACAAAUAAAAGUCAUACAAGAUUUUCACCAAAACAACCGUAGUUGGUGGGACAUUGGGUAUAACUUCCUGAUUGGUGAGGAUGGUAGGGUCUACGAGGGAAGGGGCUGGUAUUCAAAGGGAGCACAUGCUGGUUUACCAUUCAAUAAUUUGGCUUAUGGAAUAAGCAUUAUGGGUAAUUUCAUGACGUUUCUACCUGACAAGAAAGCGCUAGAUGCCUUCAAAAACCUUGUCCAAUGCGGAAUCGACAAUGGUCGUAUACAAAGCAACUACAGCCUCAUUGGCCACAGACAAGCAAACGAACCAGGGUAUACUGUAUGCCCAGGAACAGCACUGUACUGCCAUGUGCAAACUUGGGAGCAUUUUGAAAGGUACCAACAAGACGGGACAUUUGACAAUGCCACAUGUGCCAACAUUCCUACAGGAAGUGCAAAUCACAAAACAUACUCAAUAUAUUUAUUAUUAUCUGGACUCUUCGCUCACAUUCUUCAAACUACUUUGACAGAUUUCUUAUGA